AUGGUUGAAAAGGAGAAGAACAAACGAUUAAGAGCUUAUACUGUUUCAAUUGGAGCAACUAAAGAUGGUAAUAAUAAAUCAGAUAAAGAUUACAAAUUUAAAAAAAUGAAAGAUUUUAAAACUAAUUUAUCAAAUAAAGCUUUGAAACAAGAUGUUAAACAAUUAGCUGCUGAGCAACUGGAACAUGAUCUUAAACAAUACUUGGAGACUGGUUCAUCUACUAAUUCAAGUCCUAAUUCCUAUUUUAAUCCAAAUUGUACAUGUAAUACAAAUGGAAAUAAAUCACACAAUAUAAAAGAUGCAUUAACUGAUACAGAGGAUGAUGAUAAAAUAGAAACUGAGACUUAUGAUAAUGAUGUUACAGAUAUGAAAGACACAAUGAGUGUUGAAAGUGAAACUUGUAAUCAACAAACAAUUGAAUCACAAUAUAAUGAUCAUUCAAACCAUAAUUGA